GUUGAAUUUGCAACCGUUCGCGAUAACUCCUGCGUAGAAUCCAGACGACUGCGAACAUCAGGUGCCUCUGUCAUCCGGCUCUCUCUCAUGGGGUCUACAUUGGGCGACUGGCCUUCGUUCGACCCUCACAAUUUCAGCCAGCUUCGGCCCUCCGAUCCUUCAAAUCCAUCAAUGAUCCCUGCCACGUAUCAUCCUACUCACGAUCGGACCCUUCCACCACCUGAUCAAGUGAUAUCCACUGAAACCAAAAACAUCCUUCUUAGACAUUUCUACCAGCGCGCUGAAGAGAAGUUGAGACCAAAGAGAGCUGCCUCAGAACACCUGACACCAGAGCAUGGAUGCAAGCAACCCAGAGCUUCUGCCUCAGACUGAGCUUUUCUCCAUUGGGAAGUCAAAUAUCGUCUUCAGCUUGUAUAUAACUAUAUAUGUAUUCCCAUACUCAAAUGUGUAAACUGAAAGAAGACUUGCUUUAUCAUUAUCGCAAAAAAUGCUUAGCCACAGGCUAGUAGAUGUUGGGUGUAAAAAUCAGAUUAAGAUAUAGCUGGAUUAUUCCCAUCCCAGACAGUGAAAUUAUGAAAUUGUCUUUCUUCUCAUA